UAACAGAGAGCAACAAAAAAAUGUCGCGAUUGGCUUUAAAUCGUUAUAGCCGUUGUUUUUCGCGGCUUAAGACAUUGACGACGCCUCUGUUUUUCUCUUCCUCUGCUGCGUCGAAUCGAGAUGGUGACUAUCAGAUAGGACCGCCCCCGAUCCGAGUCGGACUCACUGAGUCAGCGGGUCGGGCUGUUUUUGCAACGCGUAAAAUUGGUGCCGGAGAUCUUAUACACACGGCAAAGCCCGUCGUAGCUUGCCCUUCUCUUUUAAAGCUCGACUCUGUUUGCUAUCUUUGCCUAAAGAAACUCAUGGGUUCUGCUAAAUUUGAAGAUCGUGGAGUUUCUUAUUGCAGUCAAGAGUGUCAAGAGAAUUCAAAGGGGUUUUUGGAUGUCGAAACAAGAGCAGAUUGGUCAAGUUUUGAUGAUUAUUGUAGGACGCAUAACUUCAAGUACCCGCUUAUGGUCAAGAGGUUGUGUUGUAUGAUAAUAUCAGGUGCCCGGCCCGCUGACUGUCUUGACAUACUUCAACCAGCUGUUUUAUCUUCUGAGAUGAUUUCAAAGAUAGAAGACGGGUAUGGUUUAUUAUGGAAUGCCUUCAGGAAGGCAAAUUUCAAGGAUGACGAUGUUGCUUGUAUCCUUAGAGCUAUAUUUUACAUCAAAUCCAUUUUAUCUCCAACGUUCUGUUUUCUGUUAUCUCUUUGCUAUUUACAGUUCUUAACAUCCAGAAGUUCUGACAAAACAAUGGUAUACGGCUAUACUCGCUCGGAUUCGUAUCAAUGCAUUUCGUAUUGACCUGGUUGGAGGCUCAUGUGGCGAAGACCUUCUUUCACUAGCUGCAGCCUCUGUUGAAGGUGAAGGUGCAGUUGGUCAUGCCGUUUAUAUGCUACCAUCCUUCUACAAUCAUGACUGUGAUCCCAACGCGCACAUAAUUUGGUUGCAUAAUGCAGAUGCAAGGUUGAACACUCUACGCGAUGUCGAAGAAGGUGAAGAGCUUCGGAUAUGUUAUAUAGAUGCAAGCAUGGGAUAUGAAGCGCGACAAACAAUACUCUCUCAAGGGUUUGGGUUCCUCUGCAACUGUUUACGCUGCCAGUCCACUGACUAACUGAUUAACUCUUCCUCUCCUAGUCAUCUUCAAUUUUCGUGUAUCUUAUAUAAUAUAUGUGAGAAAACGAGGAAUCAAGAAAAUAACAAAAUAAACUAUAUAUAAAUUCUUAAUGGUUUUCUA